ACAUUAAGCAAGGCAAAAAAACCGAACAAAGCAUUUAUGUUCUCUUGGGUCCUCCUGGGAUUGGUAAAUCCUAUAUUAGUGAAAAAUUAGCCCUAGCCCUGGAACGACCUUUAAUUAAUAUCGACUUGGGAGGCCGAAAAGAAACUGGCAUAUUAGAAGGCACGGGAACUAGUGUUAAAGGUGCUUAUCCUGGUCGGAUUUGUGCUGGCAUUAGCAUUAAUAAAAACCGAGGAGCCGUUAUUUUAUUAGACGAGUUUGAAAAAGUAAAAGACGACGGACUAAAAAUGAUGUUAGGUUAUCGGGUGGACUGUUCGGACUGUAUUAUUUUAUGCACGGCCAAUUAUGUUGACCAAGUGCCCGAUUUUGUGAAAAACCGAGCCGAGAUGGUCAACAUUGAAUUAGCCACCUAUCAGCAAAGAGUAGA